CCAACAACACCAACGGCAGCAGCAACGACAUCGGCAACCGCGCCGCGAGCAAUGGCCGGCCCAACCCCAGAUCUGGAUCUCGACGUCGACGCUGCCGUCGGCCACCUGCUGGACCAACAGGCUGAUAUCCAGGCCAGGCUGGCCGCCCUGCUGGGCCCUCGCCAUGGCUGUCACAAUCACAAGCUCGACAUGCUGCGCCACAAACUGCGCGUUCUCGAGAGCGUCGUCGAUCACCACGACCUGGCCUCGCGCGUGGCCCCCUUCGUGUCCGGCAUGGAAGAGGCUCGCGCCAUUCAACACCGCUGCGAGUGCCUCGAGGCUGCCUGUGUUCGAGAUAACGUGGAUGUUGUCGAGCCCCUGAGAGGCUCUUCGCGAUCGGCGCCGCCAGGGUUCGGCUCUUGGCUGGACCAGCAUCUGGAGCUCCACGACCCUGUCCUCCGGGCCCAGCGGGAGCGCGGCAGCGAUUCUGUGUCCAGCGCUUAUCCGCCUCGCUCUCUAAAGUGUUGGAACGACCGGUGCAUCCACUACGUCUACGGUUUUCCCACCGAGCUUGAUCGGAGCUGCCACGUCCGAAUGCAUGCCACUCACUUCACGAGAGACUCGGAGCUCUCAGCCUUUAGCUCGUCGUUGUCGUCGUCGUCGUCCGUCCUCCCCUCCAGACCCAAUGCCUCCGAACCGUUGGGCCCGUCGCCUCUCAUGCACCUUCCACGCCCCGCCCUCUCCUCCAGGCUUCCUCCUCUCAGAAUCCCGACGCCAUCGACGGAGCGGCGAGACUCGCUCAUAGCCUACGCAUACUCCAGCCGCUCAGCAGCCCCGAGGAGUGCCAUCGACGCCGAUGUCGAGCCUCUCCUGCCGCCAUUGAAGAGGAGCAGGGUCGACAGCCUGCCUCGAUUGGAGUCCAUUGGAGAGCUUCGUCUCUUCCACGACCAGCGGCCAUGCCUCCGCUGUAGAGUGACCAAGAAGGAGUGCGAUAGAAAUCAGCCAUGUACCGCUUGCGCAAAUCUGCCAUUGAUCAGCUCCGAGGACCAUUGGGCUGUCAUUGGGUGUUUCCGUAGCACUCUCAACGCCUUUACCGACUAUUUGCUACCAGGCUCCUCCUUCUCACAACCACAGCUCCAAACGCCAACGUCUUCCACAACGUCCCCCAUAAGGCGACAGAAUGUAAACGACUAUUUGCAAAGGAUGUGUUCCUUUCCGGCACAUAUCGGUGAACAUGUCAGGACCUGUUUAGACUAUCGAGACGCCUUCUGGUGGUCGGGACAGCAGUCUCAGAGGAGGCUCAACGGAUACAAUGAGGCGGCACAUAUUACCCGAGAAAUGUUCGAUCGCGCUCCCCCGAUUCUUUGCGCCAUGGCCGCCAGCUGGAACUGCCAGGAGACAUCGUAUAGUGCUCUUGAUCUCCUGAGGUAUACCGGAUAUAUAUCUCCUUCUCGCGAGGCCGAGGAAUCACAGUACCCGGUUUUAUACCACGCCAAGGUGCUGCUGCGCGAAACUGCCUUUUACUGUCUCUUCUAUCCCAAGCCCGUCAUCCAACUGGAUCCCAACCUAGGAUAUCAACCACCAUCAGACCGCCUGGAUUUUACGGGAGAACACAGUCGCCUUGUUGAACAGGCCAUGGUAACCUUUUUGACGGCGUUUGAAGCAAUUGCUCUGAGAAGCACUCCCCUUCAAUCGAAAGAAUGGCUGGCCGUUUUCUAUUCCCUGUGCAUCUUCAGUAUAAUUCGGACGCUCCUCAUGGAUCUUGCUUCAAUAUCCUUGCUACCAUAUCAUACGUUUCAACACCAAGGCUCGCUCAGAGACAACCCCCAGACCACGAUAGACAGUGUAUACAAGGCACUUGUGCACUUCUUCAUCACAGGAGGACCGAUGUUGACAGAUGGCUCUCCCAACGAUGUGCAUCCAGACGAUGUGCCCGCAUUUGAGCUUACACGUCGUAUCAUGCGCAUGGAUACGUGGCAAGCCCGAAAUAUUCGCUCCAGCACAGAUUUCCUCAUGACUUUGGGAGGCGGAUUCAACGACACGUUUGGAUUCCACGGCUUUGUUCGGCCAGGGCAGCCGGUCGUUUCUCCCAGCCAUGAGUCUCAGCUGUCGGCACUCCAGGCUCUCUCAACGCGUGAGCCACGCUGGUCAUCCGUUGGUAGCUCUGCGUACCCGCCCUCGUCUUCGUACAGAGAGGUACUUGCGCCGCGUCCGGAUGCGAUGGAUGAUGCCCAUAUAGACCGCGGAGGAAUUUCGACUUCCCUAAACCAGUCUGUUCCAGAACAUAUUGGGCGAGCCAGGAGACAUACAGUUGCCGAGGCUGCUCCCACAAACAUCUUUGCACACCAGCUGACCCCCAUGAGAUUUAAAACCACUUAUCAAAGGCCCCCUCUACGGCGCGUGUUCUGUCGCAAGUGUAAUGAAUACCCCGAAGGAUUCCGCGGCGAACACGAGCUGAGACGCCAUACAGAUGCAAAACACGCGGCGCUGGUAAAGCGAUGGGUCUGCUGCGAACCCGAGGGACACAGUCCAGCAUCACCACAGCCUACCAUUCCGCUAUCGAGCUGCAAAGCCUGCGUCAUGCAGAAGCAUUAUGGCGCGUACUACAACGCUGCGGCGCAUCUGCGCCGGGCUCACUUCAACCCCCAUCGCGGGGGCAAAGCCAGCGGCGAUUGGCCGCCCAUGUCGCUGCUCAAAGAUUGGAUGCGCGAAGUGAGGCAAUCCGUGGCAGAGGUAAGCGGCGAUGUCGACAACGAGAUGUCGACUGAUGGCGAAGAAGAGGAGGAUGUAAAGCAGCCUGGCGCCAGAACGAUUCCGCUAGCAGCGAUUCCGCCAGCUCCUGUGAUGGAGCUGCCACCCAUUCCAAUCAACAGCGGGCACGUCUCGGCAUCGUCCGUCGGCUCGAUGACGGUAUCGCCAAACACCAUCAUGGAGGAGCACGGAUCCUGGGAAAUGAUGUCGCGAAGUCCAGCUGGACGAUUAGCUCCUCCGCCACCUCCACCUCCACCUCCUCCACCACCGCCGCCGCCGCCAAUGUCGCUUCCGCCACCACAAGCAUCCCAGCCACCACUCCCGCAUCACCUAACGAGGCCCAUGCCGACCCCACCGGCGCCUGAGAACCGUAGUCGAUGCCCGUUUCCGGACUGCGGGCGUGUUUUCAAAGAUUUGGCAGCCCAUAUGCUCACGCACCAGGAAGAGAGGCCAGAGAAGUGUCCCAUCGAGUCGUGUGAGUAUCACACAAAAGGCUUUGCUCGCAAGUAUGAUAAGAACAGGCAUGCACUCACGCACUACCGAGGAACAAUGGUCUGUCCAUUUUGCCCGGGGGUUGGCUCAGCUUUCGCAAAGGCGUUUAAUCGAGCCGACGUAUUCAAGCGUCACCUUGCCGCAGCCCAUCAGGUCGAGCAGGCGCCGCUACAUAGCCAUACAACCAACAGAGGGGGUCGACUCAUAACGCUAUCUGCCAAUUCAGGGGCUAGCGCCAUCUGCUCUAUUUGUAACAAUCGCUUCGCCGCGCCGCAGGACUUUUAUGAGCACUUGGAUGAUUGUGUGCUGAGCGUCAUCGUUCCGGCGGGAACCCGGGCGGCAUUGGACACGAGUAACGAUGCUAACGAUGACGAUAAAAAGACGACAGGAAGAGGUGGAGCUGCAAAAACCGAAGCAGCUGAAGUAGUAGCCGCACCGGCAGCGGCAGCGGCAGCAGGGACAGGAUCAGGAUCAGGAUCAGGCACAGGCACAGGAACGGUAACGGGCACAGGCACAGGAUCAGGGACGGCAAACAACGACAGCACUCCAGGAAUGAUAUAUAUACGGAGAUCGAAAAAGGCUGCCCGGAUGGAUUAGCUCUUUUUGUCUUGAUCUUCUUUUUUUUUCCCCCCCGGCUUCUCUUUCUUCUCUUCUCUCCGUGUCCUAUCUAUUAUUAUUUUUCUUUUGAUUAUUUGGUGUGAUAUACUUUCCUCAUCAUCGUCGUUUGAAUGUGUGUGUUUUUUUUUUUUUACCCCGUCUUUACUGUUUAGGAUACAUGAGCGAGAUGAUUUUUUUGCGAUUUUUCCUUCUUCUGGUUAUAGGUCUUUGUGUCACUAGCAAGCAGCAACAGCAACGAGAGCAGCGGCGUCUUCUUUACAUAUCCCCACAGCCCCUCAAAACCACCUUUACAAAGCUGUGCAGAGUUUUUGACAGGCCAUUGGGUAUAUUGCGAGUCAUGUGUACAAUAAACGACAUCAUAGCGUAGCGAUACUCAUCAUCACCAAACAUUUAAAAAGGAGCGAGCUGGUCAAAUGAAUUUGUUGUGUCUCUGCUUGGAUGUGAAAGGGACAGCCAGUGCCUUGAUGAUGAUGAUGAAUUGUGUAGUUUGUGACAGCGUAGUUCUUGGAAAACAGCAGGGAGGGGCUGCAGCUUGUAUUUCGUGCGAGGCUGCGUUGCGAAUAAGUAUCGAAUUUGGAGUCAAUUUGAAACAAACUGAAAUAACCAUAAUCAUUCAGUUGUCCAUUGUAAUACAAGCUCAGGGCUGCCGGAGUUAUAGGCGGGGGGUCCUUCGGGGACGGCAAAUAAGGUUGUUGCGCUAUUAUUAUUACUCAUCCAAAUCUUCAUACAACGGCGAACAGCAGCAAAGCUGUCAGCACUUUCCCCUUAUCCCAACGUCAUUUCCCUUUUUUCCUUUUGGCCACCAGCUUUUUUGAAAUGCACCGUUCAGUGUAGCUGUUAACCGUGCCAAGGAAAAAGAAGCGUUCUCAUAAUCAUAACUAUAGUAUAGCCGAAAAGGACCAAUGUCGGAAGCGGCAAAGUUGCAAGAGGUCGAUGUGGGAGCGGUGGAGAGUGCGGAGAGUCGGCGGAAGUUGCAGAAUCGACUGAAC